GCCCUAUAUGCGGUGGACAAUACACGACCGUAAUGCUAUGAGUGAACACGUUAAUUCUCCAUUUGGCCGUUGGUAUUGAUAGUUCUUCGUGGCGGUAGUAUCUCUCUUUCAUUUUGGUAUAUCUCUUUUCUGGAACGGUAUCCAUCAUGAGUCGCGUUAGGACAAAGACGGUCAAAAAGGCCGCGAAGCUGAUCAUCGAGAAAUAUUAUACUCGAUUGACCAUGGACUUUCAUACGAAUAAGAGGAUAUGCGAAGAAAUUGCUAUUAUCCCCAGUAAAUCUUUGCGAAACAAAAUCGCUGGAUUUGUUACGCACUUGAUGAAGCGUCUGAGACACAGUCAAGUACGUGGCAUUUCCAUCAAACUCCAAGAAGAAGAGAGAGAACGUAGGGACAACUAUGUUCCUGAGGUGUCUGCUUUGGAGCACGAUAUUAUCGAGGUAGAUCCAGAAACCAAGGAAAUGUUACAAAUGCUUGGAUUUAACAACAUUCCAGGACUUCAACUCACACAAUCCCAACUACCACCAUAUAGCAGACGUUCUUAAAUUUAUUUGUUUAUAUUAAAUAAGAUUGUUAGUAUUGCACUUUUGAAUAAAACUGCAAGCUGACAUUCUAAAAAUUUUA